AUGUCCAAGCCAAAGACCGACAACGCCUCGCUCUCCGCCACCACCCAAAUCCCCCAAAACGAACAUCCCGCAAAGCUAUCUCAAUACACUGGUCUCGAGCACUUGCCAGCUGCGGCUAGGUUUCCUUCGGUCGUCAACCCGCUCAGCAUCAGAGUCCAGGAUGGCACCGAUGGCACAUUUCCCGCAUUUCUACACCUGCCUGAGAACUAUCAAAAUCAGCAAAGCACAGCCGCAAUCCUUCUUUCGGGAGCUGGUGGUGGUGUGGUAGGCCCCUCUAGCAUUUACCUCAGCAUGGCGGACAAAUUGGCCUCUUUGCAGCAUGGCCUUCCCGUUUUACGCAUGGAUUAUCGCUUCCCAGCUCGCAACAAAUGUUGCGUCCCCGACGUACUGGCAGCCAUGGACUAUUUACAAGCCCAGCACAAUGUCAAGCGCUUCGUUCUAAUCGGGUGGUCCUUUGGUGGCGCUCCCGUAUUUACGGUUGGUGGUCAAGACUCCAGAGUUGUAGGCUGCGCGACUGUCGCUUCCCAAACCGCAGAGACAGAAGGUAUUAGGGCGAUAGGAAGAAGAAGUGUUCCGGUUCUGCUCUUGCACGGUACUGGUGAUCGUAUACUGAGUUCGCAGUGCAGUGAGAGACUGUACAAUAUGUAUGGAUCAAAGGGACAAAGGAAGGCGCAUUAUUUCGAUGGGGACGAUCAUGCCCUCACAAGGAACAGCGCCGAGGCUGAAAAGAUGUUGUGUGAGUUCAUCACGGGCAUAGCUGGAUUGAAGUUAGAAAGUGUUGAGAGGGAGAUGGUGAAUAGAAGUCUUGUUGACGAGGGAGACAAGACUGAGGCGAUGAAGAGGGGUGGUGAUUUGAGAGGUGCCGAGAGCAUUGAGUAG